AUGGCGCAACCAACUGGCGAGGAGUCGCCGCCGCAGCCGUCGCUCGCCGCCUCCGCACCGCCCGCCGCCCUCGCGGCCAGGGAGGUGGCCCACCUGCACCUACCGACGCCACCCGCCGCACAGGCCGCAUCGCGCGCCGCCGUCCGGGGCCGCCGCCCCGGGAGCCGAGGCCCUCCACACGGGGAUGAUCUGCCUGAUGAUGAGUUCGCCCGCCCUGACACCAGCUUUAGCGCCUGGCUGGAUAAUAUCGAGCAGUCACAGCGCGUCCAGACUGGCGUGCGUGCAGCGGUGAUCGCCGUGGUGGUGAUGAUCGCCCUCGGGCUGUGUUGCUGCUGUUUUAGGAGGUGGAGGGCGGCGGCCAGGAAGCGGCAGCUCGUCCAUCCCGUGUCCGAGGUUGCCACAGGAAAAGGUGCAAGAACUAUACAACAAUGGGAAAAUACUAGCCAUAUCCCCACAUAUCGACAAUCUAAUAAAACCAUUAUGAUGGAAGAUGGAGAUAUCUAUGAUUGCAUCGAUGUGAAUCUACAACCGGCUUUUAACCACCCGUUGUUGAAAAACCACACAAUUCAGAUGGAACCAAGUUCUUUUCCGAUUGGACUAAACAUAAAAUCUUCGUUCCCACAUGUCGUUUCACAAGUGCAUUUGUCUAUUGUCAAAUGCCCAAGAGGAAUGGUUCCAAUACUACGUAAUGGUAGAAGGAAUCAAAUAUCAGCACACUUUAUAGAUCAAGCGAUUAGCAAGGAUGCACAACUCGAGGAGGCAGGGCUGAAAUAUUUUGAUGAUUUAUAUGGGGUACAAGCUACAAUAAAUGUUUAUGAGCCAAAGGUGAAGAAGGAUAGCGGGGAUCUUAGUCAAACAGGGAUCCAAAUUGAUAACGGACCAAAGGGUCAUAUGGACAGUAUAAAUGCUUGUUAUUCAGUAUCUCCAAGCUUCUAUGGCGAUACUUUUGCGAGGUUUCAUGUUGGUUGGCGCGAUGGUGUACAAAACAAGUCAUGCAUUGAUCAUGAUUGCCCUGGUUUUGUUCAAGUUAGCCACAAUGUUGGCCUUGGAGGAAGAGUAAAACCUGUUACAGUUUACAAUGGACCACAAUAUGUGAUAUACAUUCUUACAUUCAAGGACCCAAAGACACAUAAUUGGUGGUUGGCGUAUGGUAAAGACAAAACACCAGUUGGAUAUUGGCCAAGUUCAUUAUUCACUCGCCUUAAGGAUAAAGGGAACUUUUCAUACACUGGUGGGCAUGUUUCAGGACCGACGGCUUCAUCAGACUCUCCACAAAUUGGCAGUGGGCAUUUUGCCUCCGAAGGCUAUGGAAAAGCGGCUUUUAUAAAAGACAUCCAAAUUAUUGAUAACAACAACAAGCUUGUAACACCAAAUGAAGAGAAAGCGAUUAGAGGCAGUAGUGAUGUAAGGAAAUAUACCAUCGGCAAUUAUGGAGUUGACGACCAUGGUGUGCAUAUGUACUAUGGUGGGCCGGGUAAUUUUGUCUAAGAAUGUACCCUACAAACUACAAUAAAGAUGUCAUUAUA